AUGUGUGAUUGCGAUUAUAAUAGGAGCUUGGAUAUUGCCACCCCCCGAAACGUAUAUUUAUCAGGGUAUUAUAAAAGAAGUUUUGGAUAUUAUUCUAUAAAACACAGAGAACCAGUUAUUUUAACCCACCUAAUAGACAAUCUUGUUCGGAGCAAGGAAGAAAUAGCAAAUAAACUUGGCCCUAAUGCAGCUGAGGAGCUUAAAGAAAUAAUAGGGGACAUAUCAAAGUUAAAAUAUGAAAUCCAAACCAAUAAACCUUUGGAAAAAAUACCUGGAACAGAUUUAGAGGCAAUGGCAUACAAUCAAUGCAUAGAUAAAUGUGCUGUGGAUUGUGGAAAUGUAACUCAUUUUAGCUGUAUAUGGUUGUUAGCUGAAUGUUAUAUGUACAAACGCAUCAAAGAGGCAUUUAUCACUCGACCAUCAUUUAAGGAUUACGAUUAUUUUUUAUCACAGAAGAAAGAGGGAUUUGAUAUGUGCAAGCCUUUAAGGAUACAGUUGACUAAACAUUUAAAUGCUUUGACUGGGGAUAACGAUUCUGAUACAAAGGGUUCUUUGUUAAGGGAUUUUACUAAUUUAUUGAAGAUUAACUUAUGGGGGAAUAAGUGUGACUUGUCACUAUCAUUAGGAGUAGUGGAGAGUCAACAGGCUGAAUUGGACAUUUCAAUUUUUGAGGACAAUAUUCUUGCAGAUGAUUGUGAAAAGAUUUUUGAUGUUGUUUAUACUGAAACUGGGACACAAAUUGACAUUGUUUUGGAUAACGCCGGCUACGAACUAUUCACAGACUUAUGCGUUGCCGAUUACCUAAUAUCGAAAAAAUUAAUAGACAUCGUUAAAUUCCACGUAAAAUCGUACCCGUGGUUCAUAUCGGACGUCACCAAGAAAGACUUUGACUGGAUGAUAAAAGAACUUAUGUCCAGUAGCGACAAUCUACUUAAAGACCUGGGCAAUAAAUGGUUAGUAUACAAACACAAACAGGUUUGGAAGGUGGAAGAACACGAUUUCUGGACGUACCCGCAAGAGUUUGUUCAUAUGAAAACUAUGGCACCAGAUUUAUACCAAAUGCUGUCAGAAUCAAGGCUUGUCAUAUUUAAAGGGGAUUUGAAUUAUAGAAAAUUAAUGGGGGAGAAAAACUGGGAUCCAGUCACUCCUUUUGAGGAAGCCCUUCAGGGUUUUAACCCGGCGAAGUUGUGCGCACUUCGUACGGUAAAGGCCGAUUUGAUCAGCGGUUUGAAGGAGGGGGUUGCCGAGCAACUUGCCGAGAAAGACUCCAAAUGGAUGGAAACUGGCAACUAUGGACUUAUUCAAUUUUCCGAAAAAAUUGUACCUCUCGAAAACGAAACCAAAGUUUAG